AUGGAUGAACUCAUUCAAGCCAUUCACACCACCCCGAUUAUCGAUAACCACGCUCAUCCACUUCUGAAACCCUCAGCCAUAAGCAAAUAUCCUUUGCUUACUAUCACCACAGAAGCUCAUGGCCCUGCGAUCGAGGCUACGAAGUCAAGUCUGUCACACAUUCGUGCUGUCAACCAACUUUCCAAGGUACUCAAGUGUGAAGUUACGUGGGAUGCGGUCGAGAAGGCUGUUCAGGCCGAGAGAGAGAAGAACGGUUUAGACUGGGAGAAGAGAUGUUUCGAGGGAAUUGAGACUUUGCUUGUUGAUGAUGGAUUAGAUGGGGGAGAUGAGGUUUUUGAUUAUGGGUGGCAUGAUCAUUUGGUUGAGAGUCCGUGUAAGCGGAUUGUGAGGAUUGAAAAGGUUGCGGAGAAUAUCAUUCAAGACAUACUCGAAUCUGGAAAGAUAACUGGUCCGGAGGUACGCUUUAUAUCGAAGUUCGUCGGUUCAAUUACCGAUGCGCUUGCGGAUCCUGAAGUGGUGGGAUUCAAAUCCGUCAUUUGCUACCGCGCCGGACUUGAUAUUCAAGACAUAAAUCUGCUCGAGGUAAAGACAGAGCUGAGAAAAAUAUUUGAAGCUCUGUAUACAUCAGACGCCAAAACCUUCCGAAGAAUCGACGAACCCGCUAUCAACUAUGCUCUUGUAACUAUGACGGCGCGUCUAAUUCAAGAAUCCGCUGCACCGAGAAAACCAUUUCAAUUCCACACUGGACUGGGCGAUAACGAUAUUACUUUGACCAAAUCAUCGCCGUCUCACAUGCAGCCGUUCAUCAGAAGACAUCCUGAAGUACCCAUUGUUUUGCUUCAUGCCAGCUAUCCAUGGACUCAAGAGGCUGGAUACCUGGCUACUGUCUACGAAAAUGUCUAUGCUGAUAUUGGAGAAGUGUUUCCAUUUCUGAGUCAAGAAGGACAAGAGAGGGUUAUUCGCGAGAUCCUGGAACUUUGUCCAAGUGAGAAGAUAUGUUGGUCUACAGAUGGCCACUGGUUUCCUGAGACUUAUUUUCUGGCUGUGACUCAAGUCAGAGAAGCUUUAGAAGUGGUUCUUCCUGAACACGUUCAGAAGAAAGCAAUGAGCAUUCCUCAAGCAAUCCAGGCCGUACAGAAUAUCUUUUUCCACACAUCCAACAAACUAUACAAUUUAGACCUCCAACUAAAACUUCUACCCAGCCCCAGGCUGCUAGACACUUCCACUCAAGAUUUGCAGCAUUUCAAGACAUUCCUUGCAGAACAUCCUGAAGUAAAACACAUCCGUCUACAAUACGAAGAUUAUACAGCUACAUCAAGACUGCGGGUUAUCCCAGUCAAAAAAGCCCUUCAAGUCUUGACUGACAACAAAGCCCUUGAAGUUGGAAUCACAAAAGCAUCACUAGGCUUACUCCAGAACGACACACUUGCUCCAGGAGUCACCGCCACAGGCGAAUACAAACUCCGCGCAGUACUUUCCACUCUCCGUCUCGGUCCAGGCCAGGGAUUUGCCUCAGCGCAAGCCGAAUUCUACGAACUCGACGGCACACCAGCAGUUCUCUGCCCCAGAUCCAUACUCCGGCGCACCAUCAAAAAAGCCGCAGCUGAAAACCUAACAUUCCUCCUCGGCUUCGAAAUCGAAAUCGUCUUUCUAUCCCGCCAUCCCACAGACUACCAACCUGAAACCCUCACCCACGCCGCCGCUCACGUCUGGAGUUCCGCGCGCGCACUUGACGUACCGAGGAUGAUACACAUGCUAUCUGAAAUCAACGAAAUCUUAAGUGAAGCCGGCAUCGAUCUCGAGCAAUGGCACCCCGAAGGCGCAACCGGACAAUACGAAUUCGUCCUUCCACCCCUCACACCCCUCGAAGCCGUCGACACACUUCUACACGCCCGCGAAAUCAUCGUCGCAGUCGCCGCCUCCCACGGACUAAGGGCAACAUUACACCCCAAGCCAUUCGCCAGCAAAUGCGGCACCGCAGCGCACAUCCACCUCUCCAUCACCUCCUCGAUCGGCGAAGACAAAACCGUAUAUGAAGCUUUCUACCAAGGAAUCCUGCAGAAUCUGAAUCAAAUCACCGCGUUCACGUAUAGCCACGCCGUGAGCUACGACCGUGUGAAAGACGGGUUCUGGGCCGGGGGACGGUGGAUUUGCUGGGGGACGCAGAACCGCGAGACGCCGCUUAGGAAGAUUGGGGGCUCGCAUUGGGAGAUUAAAUGUGUGGAUGGGUUGGCGAAUAUGUAUUUGGCUGUUGCGGCUAUAUUGGCGGCCGGGACGGAGGGGGUGAUAGGGGGGAAGGGGUUGCAGUUUGGGGAUUGCGAUGUUGAUCCUGCGGAGCUGGAUGAGGAGGGGAGGAAGGGGUUUGGGAUUACGGAGAUGAUUCAUGGGAGUUUGGAGGGGGCGUUGAGGGGGUUGGGGGAGGGUGGUAGUAGUGUGAGGGAGGGUGUGAGGAAGUGGCUUGGGGAUGAGGUCGUGGAUAGGUAUGUUGCUGUUAAGACUGCUGAGCUGGAGAUGAUGGGGAGUAUGAGGGGGGUGUUGGAGAAGUGGAGGUGGAUUGUUGAGAGAUAUUAG